AUGCCAACAGUAGCUGGGGCAUCAGCGUCCACUCUGGACCCAACACGCGAUCUGCUAAUACCCUUGCACGUAGCUUUUAUCGAGGCACUCGACAAGAAACGGGAUUCGCUCGCCUACCACUUGACCACGCAUCUGCGCAUGAACGGCGUCUAUUGGGGUCUCACGGCGCUCGAGAUCUUGGGCAGACCGCAAGUGCUGGACAGGCAAGCUCUGAUCGACUUUGUCUUGAGCUGCUGGGACGACGAGGCGGGCGGAUUCGGUUCGUUUCCCGGCCACGAUGCUCACGUGCACAGUACUUUGUCGGCGAUCCAGAUCCUGGCUAUUAAAGAGGCGCUCGACGAACUCGAUAGUAGAGGGAUGCGCACUAGGAUCGUCAAGUUCGUCUUGGGACUGCAACUUGCCAACGGCGCGAUACAGGGAGAUAGAUGGGGAGAGACCGAUACACGCUUCCUGUACUGUGGCGUCUCGGCUCUUGCACACCUCGGCGAGCUCGAUCAGUUGGAUCGACAAGUGACCAUCGGCCACAUCUUGUCGUGCCACAAUCCAGACGGUGGAUUUGGGACGGCGCCUGGUGCUGAAUCGCACGCCGCGCAAGCGUGGGUCUGCGUUGGUGCGCUCUCGAUCCUCGGUUCGCUCGACAGCAUCGACCGGGAUCGAGUGGGCGGUUGGCUCUGCGAACGUCAGCUGCCCAAUGGAGGCCUCAACGGACGGCCGCAAAAGCUCGAGGACGUCUGCUACAGCUGGUGGGUGCUCUCGACGCUGAGUGUGUUGGGUAGGUUGCAUUGGAUCAAUGCCAACAAGCUGUCUCGAUUCAUCCUCUCUGCACAAGAUGCGGAAGAUGGAGGCAUAGCCGAUCGACCUGACAACGUCACGGAUGUGUUUCAUACUGUAUUUGGUUGUGCAGGCUUGCAACAAGUGGAUCCUACCUACUGCAUGCCAUUGCGUACGACGAAAGCGCUUGGUAUCGAUAGGCCGUAUCAGCGGGCGGCUGCGACUGGAUGCGAGUAG